GAGUGACGUCAUCACCCGCACGACGCCACGUGAGAGGAGGGCGUCAUGGCGGCCGCGGCGUGUUCCAAGCGGCCCCUGCAGCUGACGCUGGCGCUGCUGAAGCCGGACGCCGUCGCCCAUCCGCUGGUGCUGGAGGCCGUGCAUGAGAUCAUCCUCAGCAAUCGCCUCCUCAUCGUGCGCGCCAAGGAGCUGCGCUGCGGGCGGGAACAGAGCCGCCGCUUUUACCGGGAGCACGCGGGGCGAUUCUUCUACCAGCGGCUGGUGGAGUUCAUGGCCAGUGGCCCCAUGUGGGCUUAUAUCUUGGCCCAUGAGAAUGCCAUCUCCCUCUGGAGAUCCCUGAUGGGACCCACCAAAGUGUUCCGAGCUCGAAACUGUGUCCCAGACUCCAUCCGAGGAGCUUAUGGCCUCACUGACACCAGGAAUACCACCCAUGGUUCAGAUUCCCCAGCGUCAGCCAGCAGGGAAAUUGCCUUCUUCUUCCCAGAGUUCAAUGAACAGCUGUGGUACCAGCAGGAGGAGCCACGUCUGCGCUGUGGGCAGAUGUAUUACAAUGCAGAGAAGCGUGUCCACUGUGUGAUCAGGGGAGAAGAAACAGAGAUGACAUGAGUUACAUGGGAGUAUGGUCUCUGCUGAGCUGGCUUUAGCUGCUAGCCACACUGUUUGGGUCAGUCCCAUAACAAGACACAGAGUCAUGACGUGUCUUAAGGACUGUGGGGAAAGGGAAGGCAGAUGAGCAUCGUGCUGUGCUGCUCAGGAUUGUGAUUUGUGCAGCAUGCAGGUGCUGGGACACUCCUGAAACAACUUCUCCACUAGCAGUACUGAAAGUCAACACAGAGAUAAAGCCAUGCACUUCCCCAGCCCUCGUGUUUUUAUCUGUGUGUGAGCAGUGCAGGUGAACACUGAGGACUUGGCAGCUAGGGGAUGACGAGCGUUGCUGAUAGUAGGCCCGUAUUCUUACUGUCUGCUCUGUUCCCUCCUUCCCUUAUGAAGGGUUUAAUGGGAUGAAUAUGGAAAAAAAUGCAGUGGUGAGCAGAGCAGUGGUAACCCUUCUGUUAUUGCUUUCCUGGAUCCGAGCUGGGAGGAGAGGUGGCCUUCAAACUCAUAUAAAAAUUCUUAUGGUAGGCACCUACUGGAGGCACAGUUGGAAGUUGUUCUCAGUAGGAAAGCAGUUCCUUUUAGUCUGGGCUGACAACCCUAUGGCUGAUCUUCUAGCAGUGAUUGCAGAAAGGUGUGGAGCAGCCCGGUGCCUGUGGAGGAUCAUAAAUUGUUUGCUUUUAAAUCUUCUGGAACGUGGGGUUGGUGGCUCUGAUGGAACCUGAGAGUGGCUGUUAGGACUGCGAAUAUUGGGAGUGUGCAAUAAAGGCCAAAAGUCUGUGAUUCAGUGCAGGUACGCAGACACCA